AUGGAGAUAGAGGUGGCAAGUAGUACAAGUUACAGUAGCAGUACUAAUACUGGGUUUGAUAGUGGUGGUGGCAGUGGUGGUGGCAGUAGUGGUGGUGGUGCGGUGGUCGGUGGCGGUGGAGGGGAGAGAGGGACAUAUUUGGCAUGGGAGAACUUGACGGUUGUGCUGUCCAAUUUUGGAGAAGGACCAACAAAGAGAUUGCUUCAAGGGCUUAAUGGGUAUGCUGAGCCUGGGAGAAUUAUGGCCAUUAUGGGUCCUUCUGGGUCUGGAAAAUCAACACUUCUUGAUUCACUUGCAGGUAGACUCUCAAGAAAUGUUGUCAUGACUGGAGAUGUUAUUUUCAAUGGCAAGAAGAAAAGAGUAGACUAUGGUGUCAUUGCUUAUGUAACUCAAGAGGAUGUGGUGCUAGGAACUCUUACGGUCAGAGAAACCCUUACUUAUUCAGCACUUUUAAGGCUUCCAAAAACUAUGACCAAAGAGGAAGUUACAGACACUGUGGAAGGAACUAUAUGUGAAAUGGGUCUCCAAGAUUGUGCUGAUACAAUGAUCGGUAACUGGCACUCGAGGGGUAUUAGUGGUGGGGAGAAAAAGAGGCUAAGCAUUGCAUUAGAAAUCCUCACGAAGCCGCGCCUGUUAUUUCUUGAUGAACCAACUAGCGGCCUUGAUAGUGCCUCUGCAUUCUUUGUAACUCUAACCUUGAGAAAUAUUGCUCGUGAUGGAAGGACAGUUAUCUCUUCUAUUCACCAGCCAAGUAGUGAAGUUUUUGCACUCUUUGAUGACCUCAGCUUACUCUCUGGUGGUGAACUUGUUUAUUUUGGUGAAGCAAAGAUGGCUGUAGAGUUUUUUGCCGAAGCUGGUUUUCCAUGCCCUCGUAAGCGAAAUCCUUCUGAUCACUUUUUGCGCUGCAUAAAUUCAGACUUUGACGCUGUAACUGCUACUCUUAAAGGAUCUCAAAGGAUUCGAGAUGUACCCGGAUCGUCAGACCCCUUUAUGAACAUGGCAACAGCAGAAAUCAAAGCAAGGCUAGUUGAGCAAUUUAGGCGCUCUAACUAUGCAAAGAGGACAAGAAGAAGAGUCCGAGAAAUAUCAGGCAUUGAAGGACUAGAAGUUAACGCGCAAAGUGGAAGUCAGGCAAGUUGGUGGAAGCAACUGAAAACGUUGUCACGACGAUCAAUUGUGAACAUGUCUAGAGAUGUGGGAUAUUACUGGGCAAGGCUAGUGAUCUACAUCAUUGUAUCUCUUAGCGUUGGUACUAUAUUUCACGACGUUGGCUAUAGCUAUACAGCAAUCUUGGCACGUGUAUCUUGCGGUGCAUUCAUAACUGGUUUUAUGACGUUUAUGUCUAUUGGAGGCUUCCCAUCAUUCAUAGAAGAAAUGAAGGUAUUUACUCGAGAAAGGCUCAAUGGUUAUUAUGGAGUCUCAGUGUAUAUACUGUCCAACUUCAUUUCUUCUUCUCCAUUCCUGAUUGCGAUUGCCUGGAUAUCUGGAACUAUAACAUAUUCCCUAGUGAAAUUUCACCCGGAUUUUUCUUUUCCUCACUACGCAUUUUUCUGUCUGAAUAUUCUCCUCUGCAUCGCUGUCGUAGAGAGCCUGAUGAUGGUUGUAGCAUCAUUGGUUCCCAAUUUCCUGAUGGGAGUUAUAACCGGGGCUGGAAUUAUUGGAAUCAUAAUGAUGACUUCUGGCUUCUUCCGGUUGCUACCUGAUCUUCCAAAGCCAUUUUGGCGAUACCCUAUCUCAUAUAUGAGUUAUGGUUCAUGGGCAAUCCAGGGUGCAUACAAGAAUGACUUCCUUGGUCUCGAGUUUGACCCUCUCAUACCUGGUGAUCCAAAGCUCAAGGGUGAUUUUAUCAUCAAAACUGUCUUUGGAGUUCCAGCGGAUCGUUCCAAGUGGUGGGAUUUGGCUGCAAUAGUAGUUGUUCUUGUGUGUUAUCGACUACUCUUCUUUGUCAUCCUCAAAUUCAAGGAAAGAGCCUUCCCCAUGUUCAGUACAUUCUAUGCCAAGAAAAUCAAGGAACAACUCGAUAAGAGGCCUUCUUUCAGGAAAAUACCUUCCUUCUCUUCCAAGAGAUACCAGACUCUCUAUUCACUGUCUUCACAGGAUGGCCGCAACUCUCCUCUCCAUUAAAAGCACCAAAGCCUACAC